ACUGUCUCGAUAACAUCGAUCAAAUAUGUAACAUAGAAAUUCAAAAUUCAACUGUUUGCCGAUUCUUGUCCCAUUCUUCCCGUUUUUUGUAAAUUUGAAAUGGCCCGUCGUUGUAUCGUCUGUGGCGAGAAGCCAGUUGGACACUUCAUCUAUCCACACACCAUGGCAGAGGCGCAAAAAUGGUUGAAUUUGGCGCACCUUGAUUCGUACAAACUGGAAGUGGCGACAUUUCACCAAUGUGCAUGUGUUUGCGCCAUUCACUUGAAAGGAUUUAAGGAAGAGCCGCCUGUCCAAAGGCAGAAAUCUGGCACUGAUGAUCAACGGCGUCGCUCAAGUGUCAGGUCAUCUGAUAAACGUGGCAGCGAUCCAUCAAGCACAUGGCCAAGCGCCACCCAUCCAACGGAAAUGAAUCUGAAUCAAAAUAUGUCCAGUACAAGGCGACAAUCUGGCAGCAGUUAUACUCAACAUUGCUGGCGUGGUCUUUGUCAUUUUAUCAACAACAAUCGACAGCAAGAGGCGCGAGGAUAUACCGAAACAGUAAGCCCUCAAUACUGUCCAAGCAGGCAACAGCAGCAGCAGCAGCAUCAAUCGAUGUGCCCGGCAGCAGGCACUGAAUCUUGCAUGUCCCACUGCACGUCAUGUCCACAAGGGGGCCAUUAUCGAUUGAGUCAGAUGCCUAGGUGUCAUGAAUGCAGCUCCCACGCCCUAACGAUGAAGAGCAACAGCAGAGAAGAUCAAAGUCAACAAACGGACCAACAGCCGGUGCAGCAAUGCACAGUGCAGCAGCAACAGCGGCAUCAAACCGCUGAAGGCAUUUAUCUCACCUUAAAUAAUGCACUCGGCCAGCAGCAGCAAGCGCGAAAAUAUAGCAAAGGACUUGCGUCACAGUCAAAGAAGUCUGGACAACAGCAAACCGAGAAGCCCAAACAUCUGUGCUGUCAGGCAUGCAAAACGAAGGAUCAGGAGGUUCAGUAUGCCUGGCCAGUGUCCAAGUCAUCACUGGGAACCCCGCCAAUGAACGCAUGCGGUUUACCAGGCAAGAUGCCAUUCUCUACACCCUCCGCCAAUGCCAUUGCGUAUCCAACGAAGGGGCCACUUUCUGGUCAGCGUACAACUCCGCCUACAAAGUUCACUAAUGUGACUGGCAUGGCGGAGGAGCAACAGCCGUCUCCUGGCAUAAACAGCAAAACGAACACCGUGAAUGUCCUUAUCAUGGCUGGUGCGCCGAAAGAGAGCUGUGAUGAGGCAUACAUCUGUCCGGACUCCUUUCAGCCAUCGCCGCUCAGAGAGAUUCGGUUGCUGCAGUCGGAUCUAACGGAUGGCAAUGAGAGAGCAGAUUUCCCAGACUUGGAUCAUCCCAACUAUAGAGUGUGCCGAGCUUCCACCAACGAUUCGGAUGCCAAUUUCCAAGGCGGGGAACAAGACGAGAACUGCGCCGACGUCCUGGUCCUUGACAAGGGCACAGGCUGUGAGAAGUGUCCAAACAUAUGCACCUGUGGCAAGACAAACGAAAAUGGUGACAACUGCGGUCAAUGGAAUGCCGAAGCUCUGGGACAGUUGCAGCAGGUUCAAGCCCCGGCAGAAGGCAUCAACUGGUUCGAAACACCGGCUACAUCGAAUGGCACAAGGGCUGUUGAACUGCAGAGGGCACGCAUCAAGGAGCUGUACUCAUUGCUGGCACAACAAAACGAGCUGCAGCAAUCCAUUCAGGCCAAGAUGGACGAGUUGCAGCGCACCGAAGAUGAGCAACGGCGGCCAUCUGUCAGUGGAAAUGAAACACCGAGCAAAGGCACACAGACCACCAGAAGAUCUCAAUAAUGAGUGGGUGGGGAACGCCUUUUCUUGAUGGAUUUUGGGUGGUGAAGAGUGGUUUAUUCGCAAAUACCGAAUGAAGCAUUCCAUUCCAAACAUUCGGUUUGUGGCAUUUAAUCAAGAGCUAAUCCUUACAGGCCUAG